CGCCCAGAGCGGCCGCGCCAGCGGUGGGGGCAGCAGAAGUGAGUACGUGAGCGGCGCAGCAGGAUCCCUGCUCGGACCCCGGACGGCGCGCGCGCCCAGAGCCUCGGAGCCGAGUCCGGCCCGCGGCGGACCUCCGGAUUACUGUGCAGCCCGAACUACGACCACUUGCGCCCUGCCGCCCCGGCCCGCCUCCCCGAGUCCUCCCGCUCCGAGCUCUCCAGCGCCCAGGAUCCUCCUGGACCGGUCCGUCCAGAUUCCCGCGGGACCGACCUGCCCGCAUCCCCUAGCAGCGCCCGGCUCAGGGUGCCGCCUCGGUCCCAGCGCCGCCCGCCUGGAUUGCACCCCCUCCUUGCCCGGAUCUCCUGGCACCGUGCGCGAGCCUUCCUCGGGACCCGCCGAGCGGACCCUCCCCCAGGUGCCCGCAGCCCCUCCGGCGCGGCCCGGCGCGGCCCGGCGCGGCUCCCGGAGCCCGCCCCGGCCAUGGCCCGAACCCGCCCGCCGCCGCCGCCGCCGCCGCCGCCGGGGCUCCUGCCGCUGCUCCCUCCACUAUUGCUCCUGCCGCUGCUGCUGCCUGCCGGCUGCCGGGCGCUCGAAGAGACCCUCAUGGACACAAAAUGGGUGACAUCUGAGUUGGCAUGGACAUCUCAUCCAGAAAGUGGGUGGGAAGAGGUGAGUGGCUACGAUGAGGCCAUGAACCCCAUCCGCACAUACCAGGUGUGUAAUGUGCGUGAAUCAAGCCAGAACAACUGGCUUCGCACGGGGUUCAUCUGGCGGCGGGACGUGCAGCGGGUCUACGUGGAGCUCAAGUUCACGGUGCGCGACUGCAACAGCAUCCCCAACAUCCCUGGCUCCUGCAAGGAGACCUUCAACCUGUUCUACUACGAGGCUGACAGCGAUGUGGCCUCAGCCUCCUCCCCCUUCUGGAUGGAGAACCCCUACGUGAAAGUGGACACCAUCGCGCCCGAUGAGAGCUUCUCGCGGCUCGAUGCCGGCCGUGUGAACACCAAGGUGCGCAGCUUCGGGCCACUCUCCAAGGCCGGCUUCUACUUGGCCUUCCAGGACCAGGGCGCCUGCAUGUCGCUCAUCUCCGUGCGUGCCUUCUACAAGAAGUGUGCAUCCACCACCGCGGGCUUCGCCCUCUUCCCUGAGACCCUCACUGGGGCAGAGCCCACCUCACUGGUCAUCGCCCCCGGCACCUGCAUCGCUAACGCUGUGGAGGUGUCGGUGCCGCUCAAGCUUUACUGCAAUGGUGACGGAGAGUGGAUGGUGCCUGUGGGCGCCUGCACCUGUGCCACCGGCCACGAGCCAGCUGCCAAGGAGUCCCAGUGCCGCCCCUGUCCCCCUGGGAGCUACAAGGCGAAGCAGGGAGAGGGGCCCUGCCUUCCCUGCCCCCCCAACAGCCGCACCACCUCGCCAGCCGCCAGCAUCUGCACCUGCCACAAUAACUUCUACCGCGCAGAUUCCGACUCUGCAGACAGUGCCUGUACCACGGUGCCCUCUCCACCCCGGGGUGUCAUCUCCAAUGUGAAUGAGACCUCACUGAUCCUCGAGUGGAGCGAGCCCCGGGACCUGGGUGGCCGGGACGACCUCCUGUACAACGUCAUCUGCAAGAAGUGCCAUGGGGGCCCCGGGGCCGGGGGUCCCUCAGCCUGCUCCCGCUGUGAUGACAACGUGGAGUUUGUGCCUCGGCAGCUGGGCCUCACAGAGCGGCGGGUGCACAUCAGCCAUCUGCUGGCCCACACGCGCUACACCUUUGAGGUGCAAGCAGUCAACGGGGUCUCGGGCAAGAGCCCUCUGCCUCCCCGCUACGCUGCUGUGAAUAUCACCACCAACCAGGCUGCCCCGUCCGAAGUGCCUACAUUACACCUGCACAGCAGCUCAGGCAGCAGCCUGACCUUGUCCUGGGCACCCCCAGAGCGGCCCAACGGAGUCAUCCUGGACUACGAGAUGAAGUACUUUGAGAAGAGUGAGGGCAUUGCCUCCACAGUGACCAGCCAGAAGAACUCAGUGCAGCUGGACGGGCUGCGGCCCGAUGCCCGCUAUGUGGUCCAGGUCCGCGCCCGCACAGUAGCUGGCUAUGGGCAGUAUAGCCACCCGGCCGAGUUUGAAACCACAAGUGAGAGAGGCUCCGGUGCCCAGCAGCUCCAGGAGCAGCUUCCCCUCAUAGUGGGUUCUGCCACGGCUGGGCUUGUCUUCGUGGUGGCUGUUGUGGUCAUUGCUGUCGUCUGCCUCAGGAAGCAGCGGCACGGCUCUGAUUCCGAGUACACCGAGAAGCUGCAGCAAUACAUUACUCCUGGAAUGAAGGUUUAUAUUGACCCUUUCACCUACGAGGACCCUAAUGAAGCCGUGCGAGAGUUUGCCAAGGAGAUCGACGUGUCCUGUGUCAAGAUCGAGGAGGUGAUUGGAGCUGGGGAGUUUGGGGAAGUGUGCCGCGGUCGGCUGAAACAGCCUGGCCGCCGGGAGGUGUUUGUGGCCAUCAAGACGCUGAAGGUGGGCUACACAGAGAGGCAACGGAGGGACUUCCUGAGCGAGGCCUCCAUCAUGGGUCAGUUUGACCACCCCAACAUAAUCCGCCUGGAGGGCGUGGUCACCAAAAGUCGGCCAGUCAUGAUCCUCACCGAGUUCAUGGAGAAUUGCGCCCUGGACUCCUUCCUCCGGCUCAACGACGGACAGUUUACGGUCAUCCAGCUGGUGGGCAUGUUGCGGGGCAUUGCUGCCGGCAUGAAGUACCUGUCUGAGAUGAACUACGUGCACCGAGACCUGGCUGCCCGCAACAUCCUUGUCAACAGCAACCUGGUCUGCAAAGUCUCAGACUUCGGCCUCUCCCGCUUCCUGGAGGAUGACCCCUCCGAUCCUACCUACACCAGCUCCCUGGGCGUGUGCCCCCCCCACCAGGGCGGGAAGAUCCCCAUCCGCUGGACUGCCCCAGAGGCGAUAGCCUAUCGGAAGUUCACCUCUGCUAGUGACGUCUGGAGCUAUGGGAUCGUCAUGUGGGAGGUCAUGAGCUAUGGAGAGCGACCGUACUGGGACAUGAGCAACCAGGAUGUCAUCAAUGCUGUGGAGCAGGAUUACCGGCUGCCCCCGCCCAUGGACUGCCCCACAGCACUGCACCAGCUCAUGCUGGACUGCUGGGUGCGGGACCGGAACCUCAGGCCCAAAUUCUCCCAGAUUGUCAACACCCUAGACAAGCUCAUCCGCAACGCCGCUAGCCUCAAGGUCAUCGCCAGCGCCCAGUCUGGCAUGUCACAACCCCUCCUGGACCGCACGGUCCCAGAUUAUACGACCUUCACGACAGUUGGUGACUGGCUGGAUGCCAUCAAGAUGGGGCGGUACAAGGAGAGCUUCGUCAGCGCGGGGUUUGCAUCCUUUGACCUGGUGGCCCAGAUGACCGCAGAAGACCUGCUACGGAUCGGGGUCACCUUGGCCGGCCAUCAGAAGAAGAUCCUCAGCAGUAUCCAGGACAUGCGGCUGCAGAUGAACCAGACGCUGCCCGUGCAGGUCUGACACCCAACUUCCACUGGGUGGUGCCCCCCAAGGACUGCACAGGGACUCUGACCAGCCGGCUGGACUUUUGGACUUUUGGAUGCCUGGCCUUAGGCUGUGGCCCAGAAGAUGGAAGUUUGGGGAGGGCCCAAGCUGGGACUUCUCCUCCAGGCCUGUGCUCCCUCCCCAGGAAAUGUGCCCCAAACCUCUUCAUAUUGAAGACGGAUUAGGAGAGGGGGUGAUGACCCCUCCCCAAGCCCCUCGGGGCCCAGGCCUUCCUGCUCUCCAGUGGGGGAUCCCCACCACCUCAGACUUGGCUAUUCUUCAGUGCUGGAGGUCCUUGCAGGGUCAGGUAGGGGAUAAGCCUGGGUUCCAUAGGGCCCAGCCCUGGCAGGGGUCUGGCCCCCCAGGUAGGCAGAGAGCAGUCCCUCCCUCAGGAGCUGGAGGAGGGGACUCCAGGAAUGGGGAAAUGUGACACCCGCAUCCUGAAGCCAGCUGGCACCUCCAGUUUGCACAGGGACUUGUUCUGGGGGCUGAGGGCCCUGCCCCACCCCCGCCCUUGGUGCUGUCAUAAAAGGGCAGGCAGGGGCAGGCUGAGGAGCAGCCCCUUGCCCCCCAGAGACUGACUCUCAGAGCCAGAGAUCGGAUGUGUGUAUGAGUGUGUUUUAUGUGUGUGUGUGUGUGUGUGUGUGCACGCACUGGCCUGCACAGAGAGCAUGGGUGAGCGUGUAAAAGCUUGGCCCUGUGCCCUGCAGUAGGGCCAGCUGGGCUAUCAGCGGAAUAAAGGCAAUAAGAUGA